AUGAAGACUCAGAUCGUUGGUGUGUGUUUGGCAAUCCUCGGUUUUCUUGGCACCAUCCUCAUCUGUGCGCUGCCCAUGUGGAAGGUGUCGGCAUUCAUACAGUCAAACAUCAUCACUGCUCAGGUGUUUUGGGAAGGCUUAUGGAUGAACUGUGUGUUCCAGAGCACGGGUCAGUCACAAUGCAAAAACUAUGACUCGGUUUUGGCUUUACCACAAGAGCUGCAAGCCUCCAGGGCUCUGAUCUGCGUGUCUAUUGGCGUCAGCGUGGUGGCCAUCGGGCUCACAGUGGUUGGAGCUCGAUGCACUUCUUUCUUUGAUUAUGACCAAUUGACCAAAUCCAAUGCCGGCAUUGCAGGAGGUGUGGUGUUUAUUAUAGCAGGGAUCGUGUGUAUUAUUCCAGUCACCUGGUCAGCUUACAGCAUCAUCACAGGGUUUUAUAAUCCUGUGGCCACAACAGGAAGUCAAGGAGAGCUGGGAGCUUCUAUAUAUUUGGGAUGGGUAUCUGGAGCACUCCUCGUCAUUGGAGGAAUUACUUUGUGCACCACCUAUAGAUGCUGUAGAGGAUGA